GCUAGAGGCUAUUAGCGAUGGUCGUUCUCCAACAAUGCAUUACUUAACGCCAGAUCUCCACCACUGCGAACCUACACUUUGUCCACGAGGGACGCGCCAUCAAUACUCACACUGGACCACUGGAUCACUCCUCAAAUAAGUAUACGAAUCCGCCACACUGACAUGCGCUAUGUGUUCUAAGGACUCGAAUGCACCUCCAGACUUAUAAUGCAACUAUCUGCAUCGUGCCCGAGGCUGCGAAACCUCCCUAGUAAACACUCGAGGUGAUGUUCCUGCGCCAUGGCUUCGAAACCAAAUUCGAGGUGGAAUUUCCUGCAGCAGGCGGUCGCGUCUGUAGAGUCUCGUCUAGACAAUAUCCUCGCCGACGAUCCACAGAACCCAGCCAGCACAGUACCGCAACCCUCUCGCGAGACCAGCCCGGCGGUAAGAGUCUCAUCUGAACUCUCAAGGACUAGCAGCAAUGCCUCUAACACCAAUGACCGGCUCCAAGAGCGCCUCGCACGGGCGAUGGCAGCGAAGAAAGAUGUUACUCGAACAGCGUCGCCCAUGGCACCAGCUCCUGCGUCGGAUUCCGCUACGAGUGACAGCGCAGCCGCAACGACCGAGCCCGUCGGCCUAUUGACUGACGACGCCGAGGCUGGCUCUUCGGCGCCUGAGCAACCGCCUGCUAUCUUGGUGGUAAAGGUGGAAGACCAGGCUGAGCCUGAUCUUGACACCGACAAGAAUGAGCAGACAUUGAAGGGGACAGAAGGUCCACAGCCAGAAACACAAAGGACGGAUCCUAUAGUGCAAGUUGACAGCGACUCUGCUCGGCCCUCUACCGACGCCCCGAGGGAUAGUCAGACGCUGUCUGAUCGAGCCUCGCAGGACCUUGCAAGAAAGAGUGAAGAUGCUAUGCGACCGGCAGAGAAGAGCACACAAGAACAAGAAGACAUCAACCACUAUAUCGAACGUAUCGAUGCACUUCAGGCGAAAUUACACUAUCUGAGCAAAGAGGCGGCAGAAUCAGCAAGGAAAGCUGCAGGCUCCGCAGAUGCAGGAAGUUUGGAGCGCAAGAUCUUGGAAAAGGAUGCAAAGAUAGCAUUGCUUAUGGAUGAGGGUCAGCGACUUUCGAAAGCAGAGAUGACCCACUUGACUGUGCUCAAGAAGUUACGAGCCCAGAUCACGACGAACAACAAAGAACAAGACGCAGCAAAGCUUCGAGCCGAGAAAGCAGAGCGCUCACUAAGAAUGAUGGAGGAUAGGGCAAGGAAGGCUGAAGCCGCAAGCAAACGAGCGGAACAAAGUCUGGCGGCAAGCACGGCUGGUGUGAAUGAUUUCGAAGCGGUCCGAAAAGAACGCGAAGCACUUCAAGCGACCUUGGCAGAUAUGAAAACUCAGAUCUCACGAGCCAACGCAAGGGCUGAAGCGGCCGAGAGCAAGGCGCAGGCAGACCAACUAGAAAAGGAGAGAAGGAGGAUCGCCGACUUACAAGAUGAUCUGACCAGCGCCAAAGUUGAGCGGGAGAUAACCGAGGAGAAACUGAAAAGAGAAAUCAGAGACCUCCAGGCCACGCUUGAAAGGGAAAAGGAACAAUCCCGUGUCAUGGAAAGUGAAAUGCUGGGCGAGCAGGCAGCACUCGAAAGCAAGCUGGAGUCCUUUCGUGUCCGUGCAGAAGAGGCUUCGUCUGCAGACCACGGUCAUGUACAGGCAAAACUCCUCCGCCAAAUCGAGACCCUGCAGACACAAUACGCGACGGCAAGUCAAAAUUGGCAAGGCAUUGAGAGCAGUUUGCUUGGAAGGAUUACAAACCUGGAGAAAGAGCGUGACGACAUUGCGGCAAGGGAGACAGACCUUCGAAAGAAGCUGCGUGAUGCUACCCUGAAACUGAGGAGUGCUGACAAGGAGCUCGAGCAAGUGCAAACCAAAUUCGCAGAGAUGGACAAGUCUGUGGCUGAUGCAGAGGCCGAGGUUCAGCGAUUGAGCCGUAAAGCGACCCAAUUCGAAACCGAGCUUGCCACUGCUGUAAAAGAUGUCGAGAUAGAAAAAGCGAACGCUGAGAAAGAGCUGCAGCGCAGACUCGAUGAAGAAAAGGCGAAAUGGACAGCCAGCCUACAGAUCCAGCGAACAGGCUCUCCUGGGCUUUCCCGCAAGAACUCAAAUCUGGGCUUCGAUAUCAACCAUUUGAUGAGCCCGGUUCAAUACGAAAGGCCCAACAGCCGCAAGUCUUCGAUGAUGCCAACGUUCGACUGGAACGCACCUUCCCGUCAGUAUUCGAACCCUUCCUUCAGGAACCAGGUCAACGGGACCAUUGCAGAAACCCCAUCUGUGGUGACCUCGAACGAUGCAGACGACUUCUUCGCCAACAUUCCCCCAACACCUCAUUCCAACAACUCUCCGCGUGCCGUGAACGACCUAAUUUCGACUUCCACGGUCGGGGCCGGCCCCUCUGUUCAGCUCGUUGAACGAAUGUCUGCGAAUGUUCGUAGACUCGAAAGUGAAAAGGCUGCUUCCAAGGACGAACUUACACGACUCACCACACAGCGUGACGAAGCCAGACAGGAAGUCGUGAAUUUGAUGCGGGAGGUCGAAGAAAAGCGGAAGCUCGAAGCCCGACUAAGAGCUCUCGAAAAGGAUCAAGCCGAUCUGAGCCAACGCCAUCAAACCACUCUUGAACUUCUCGGCGAGAAGAGUGAGCAAGUCGAGGAGCUCAAGGCUGAUAUAGUGGAUGUGAAGCAGAUGUAUCGGCAGCUGGCGGAUACCAUGAAAUGAUUUCUGAUGUGUUGA